AAAGCAACAUGGCAUGUUCCAGUUGAACAAAUUACCAUCGCCGAGCGCGGCGCCGCCGCUGGUCCAGACGAUCCCUCUGCUACAACAACACAACCAAAGAUGAAACAAACCCUAACGAACCUCGUCGGCUCUAAACCUUCCUCCAGGUCUACAUCGCCAGCACCCUCCGAUCCUUCAUCAUCACAGUCAGGCAUCACGAAGGAAGUAGCGCUCAAGUUGAUUCCCAAGAAGAAAGUAAAGGGGAACGAGGCUAGUGUUUGGGGUGAAAUGGAGGUAUUGAAAGGUUUAGACCAUCCGAACAUCGUCAAGUUUUAUGAAUGGUUUGAAUCACGAACGAAAUAUUAUCUUUCCUUCGAGCUUGCCGUAGGCGGAGAACUUUUCGACCGGAUACUCAAGAAGGGUAAAUUUACAGAGAAAGAUGCUAGUGGCGUCAUAAGGUCAAUUCUCUCAGGCGUCGCAUACCUCCACGAACAUGAUAUCGUGCACCGAGAUCUCAAACCCGAGAACAUCCUCUACAGAACGUCAGCAGAGGAUUCCAACAUUGUUAUUGCAGAUUUCGGGAUAGCCAAACAUCUUGAUACGCCGGAAGAGCAAUUGCAUUCGCUCGCCGGAAGCAUUGGUUACGUCGCUCCUGAGGUGCUGCUUAACGAAGGGCACGGGAAGCAAGUCGAUUUGUGGAGUAUUGGAAUAAUCACUUAUGUCCUCCUUUGCGGCUACUCCCCUUUCCGAUCGGACGAAGUCAAAGUCCUCAUCCGCGAAACGACCGAAGCUCGAAUCGAGUUCCACGACAAAUAUUGGAAAAAUGUUUCCUCCGAAGCCAAAAUUUUCAUCAAACGCCUCCUUAACCCUGAUCCUACCCGCAGACCAACUGCCGCUGAAGCACUCAAGGAUACCUGGCUCACGACACACGAUCCAUCCGAGGAACACGAUCUCUCUGACGGACUCAGAGACCACUUCGAUCCCAGAUCUAAAUGGCGUAAUGCGAUUGCUGGUGCGAGAGCGAUGCAUAGGUUGGCGUCCUUUGGUCGUACACAGUCUCAGCUCUCGACCGCGUCAGAUGCGACUGCGUCCUCUGGAGGAUGGAAUAGUGGUAGUACCGGGGGUGGUCCCUCCUAA